AUGCUAAAUUGCAUCUCAUGCGUCAUGGUGUUGGUCUGGCUGGCCUCUUUGGGCUUCGCUCGCGUAGAGAAGCGAAGGAUAUACAUUCCACAUGAGGCGAGAAGUGAUUCCUUGGACAGCUUUCGGGCAGGAGUGUGCGAAAUCACGUCACCGAACAUGCUCUUCGGCUUGGCAGAAAUUAGCGAAGGUAUUGCAUAUGACAUGAUGAGGGUUUUCCCUGCUUGUGUGCACGAGCAGCUCAGAUUUUGGAAGGCUAUCUUGGACAACGCACCUGUGUUCAUCUUUGAAGUGCGAAGACAGCAUUUGCUUGCGGAACAGGUUUCCUUAACGGAGUGUUCUGGCAGAAGUUUGCGCGGUUUCGUGGUUCCUCUGGAAGCUGGGCAGGCGCAGCGUCUCUGGAACAGCGUCCCCCAAGACUUCAAAGAUCAGUUGCAAGAUCGAUCUGAGCCAAUCCAUGCCUUACGCUUGCCACCGCAAUAUGCCCAUCUUUGUGCUGCAGGAAUAUGGAAGACUAUUGCUCUUCCAAGUUCAGUGCAGGAGUCUGGGAGGGGAAGGGGGGGCUCCAAGUCUCUUCACAUCGAUUGGACCAAGCUGCAGCAACGACAUCGUCCUUUGCCUGCCGCAGCAGAUGCGCAAGUGCCAGCAGCUAGGAGUUUGAAUUCGCAGCUCGCUUUGGAAGUUGCGAAUUACUUGCAGAAAUAUGCCGCAAGCCACCUGGAUCCGAGGAAUGAGUUUCAAGAAGCAGAAUACAGAGAAGUGCAGUCUCUUAUCGAAACUUUGACAUCUGUAUCAGAUGAAAUAGAUCCGCUGUUUUUUCAAAAGCUUUGCCGGGACAUGCGUGGCCGAGCAUCAAUACGUGGCAUGAGUGAUGCUGCAAAGCAGAAGCUACAGUACAAUGCCGUAUGGGUGUUGCAAGUCUUGUUGAUGGCAGACUUGUUGCGAGACUCCUCUGAGUUGUCGAGAGCAGUGUCGCAAGCCAUGCGUUUUUUGUUGCCACCAGUUCUACGACCGGUUUUCGAGGAAGCGAUGGCAGAUGCUAGCAUGUGUAUGCCCAAUGCCGGCACAGUAUCGAGAUGGCGGUUUUUGCUGGAUGCAAGUUUCAUGCUUUGGCGCCGUGAACGGAAUGCAAACCAGAAGUUCCUUAGAUGGAUCAUGGCCGACUCUUCAACCCAGCAUGGCAGGCAAGAUGGGGAUACGAGCGACGAGAUUUUUUUGGACAAUGACAAGCUGUGCCAUGAUUUCUUGCAGCAGCAUCUGAUUUACGACAACUUUCCUGUUGUGGUCCUGGGCGCAGGCGGUUCAACCCUCCCAAUGAAAUUUCAUGCUGUCAUGUUUGCAAUGUGGCUGGAAAGUGGUGUGAAUCAAAAUAGCUUCUGCAAGUAUGCUGAUGAGAUUGUGUCGGGAACUUAUGAUCUUGGCGUGGAGUUUUCGUUGCCAAAAGUACAGCCGAUAGACAUCUCACGGUUGUUUCCUUGGAUGCCGGAAGAUCCACAACCAGAGCAGCCGUGCUCUGCAGACCCAGAUGAUUUCGAGAUUCUGGAGCAGAUGCAGGUCGCAGUUGUGCCGAAACAAGUUUCGCUGAACAAGUCACUGGGCAUCCCUGGUUUGUUGCAUAUCAUCCACAAUGCAGCGAGCUCCCUGCUGACGGUGUGUUCAAAGCUGGGAGAACAGAUUGACAGUCUUGGCCUGGUUUGCAAGCUGCUGGCUGGGCAAGAUUGCACGAAGUUGCUGGAGACUUGUUACACAGGACCGGUGGGCCAAAUGUUUCAUACUCAGCUGCAGCGAUUUUCGUUUAAGCUCUACGAGGGGCGCUGGGGCAGUGUAGCGUUUUGUGUCAGCGAGGUCCUCAAGCUGAAAACAGUGCUGCAGUAUGGGUGGUCUCUUGAAAAAUAUUUGGAUGGCAGCAGGCCCCAGACAGAGAUUCUAAAAGUGGAUGAAGCACUCACAUCUAGCCUUUGGUGGUCAGCAUUGCUGGUGUUGGACAAGUUGUAUGGCCUUGUUCGUUCAUGUUUUGCUUGGGCCGAAGGUUGCCCGUGCCAUUCCCAUCUGAACUGGCAAGAGGUCGAUGCCCAGACCCGCAAGAGAUGGUCCAGCUGUCCUCUCCGAGGCCUUCGCUUUCCGGAGGUUUGCGCUGGCGAUUUCUUCUCCAUGUUCGCGUCGCUGCAGAUGCAAGAAGCAUUGGACCUGGCGUCAACCCUGGCAGAUGCAGUCACAGAGGAGGAAAGGAAUGCCUUGUUGCGAGAUUUUGAGAUAGGCAGGGGCCACAUGUUGUAUGUCUUCACAUUGAAAGUAGGUCCGUUUACGGCCUUUCCCCUUCGACUUGGAGCCAUCGCGCAUCAUUGCAGAUCCACUGCCCACGAUGCAAUGCGAAGUUGUCUGGCCAGCACAGAUGGCCAUCCCCUGAUGAAACAGUUCCGAUCAGAGCCUGUUCACUCAGAGGUGCUGCAGCAUUUGGAAGGGGAGGAUUUGGCAAAUUGCCCAAACCUGGCGAUUUUCCUUGCCAGGUUCAAGUUUGCUUUAGUCGUCGAGCGCCGCAUUGAGGGCGGCCAUGCCAGAAUACAGCGCGAAGGACGAGGAGCAUCGUAUCGUGGUGAGGCUUACGAUUCGCUUGCUUUGCGCAUGACUGAAAUCCGACAAGAAACAGAAGGCAAACCAGAGUUCCUCGAAGACCUGUCUGUUCUUUUGGACAAGGCAAGGUCGCCGAGACGCAUGGUGGAGGCAUUGGGGCUCCAAUUUCAUCCAGCCUUGCAAAGGGAGACGCACGCGUGGUCCAAGGUAUAUCGUUUGGUGGCAUACCGUGCAGACAAGUGGACACUCUACAGGAGUGGCCCUCCACCUGUUGAGAUUUCACCAAGCGAUAUGUUUCAGGAUCCCGAUGAUGACAGUACAGGUGCCUUGCAAGACAUCUCCGAGCUGGAAGAUGCUGUCGCUCUUGGCCCUGCGAACCGCAACAAUGUAGACAACAAUGGUUUGUUACAGGAAGCAGCUGUUGCUUACUUUGUCUCGCAGCUGAGACAAUUUGAACAAACAGCUCCAAGGCUUUUUGUUGCGAGAGUGCCUCCUGGCUCUUUAGUUACUCUCGUGAGCCGGGUGCAAGGGAAGCCUGCGCAGUCCUUAGCUGACGAACUGCAGCAUCCGCUGACAGACUGGAUGACACCGAAAGGCUUGAUGUGCUUUUCUGUUGUGGCUGCCAAUCCUUCUCGCGCAAAGACAGCAAACAAGGGCAUGUUGGCUCCUACCGAUGUUGCCAUUGCAGUGCACCAAGUGAUCAAAGUGGAAAAGAUGCGUGGCUAUGUUGCAUCUACACCAUUGAGUGUGUCAUCUUCAGCUGCAUUUUCUGUGGCCCCUGAGAAAGUUCCACUUGUUUUGACAGCUGGUGUUUUCGACCUCACAGCCUUGCAGACAGCCAUUGCGUGGGAAUUCUCCCCGGACAUUUGCUAUGCCAUUAGCAUGGAUGGUCGCAUGCACGUGGACUCAAGCAUGUCUCGGCUUCUGCAACAGCUGGUGGCAACGCCUGGAGGUUUACAGCUUGACAGAUCGUCUCUGGCAGAACACCAGGAUCAGCUGGCCCUUUUGAAGGACUAA